AUGGACCCCAUUAGCUUCAAGCUGGGCACCAAGUACCAGUGGGGUUGGCUCGUGAGUCUGCUCAGCGAUCACCCAGAAUGGCUGAAUGCCAAGGUGAAGUUCUUCCUCCCCAACAUGGACCUGGGCUCCAGGGCCGAGGGCCCAGACCCUGCACAGAGGAUCCUCCUACAGCUCAGGGAGCUGCACAGGCAAGGCCAGGCCACCUGGAAGGCGUUCAUCCACUGCGUGUGCAUGGAGCUGGAGGUGCCCCUGGAGCUGGAGGUGCAGCUGAUGAGCACGUGGGGCCACGGAGACGGGUUUCCUGGUCCUUUGGAAAUGGGUGCAGAAAGCCAGCCUGAACCUCAGCUCCACCUGGGCCUCAAGCGGCCUCACCAGAGCUGCGAGUCCUCGCCCCGCCGGAAGCAGCUCAGGAGGCAGCAGCUCGAACUGGCCAGGCGGUACCUACAGCAGCUGAAGACCUGGGCCCAGCAGCGCCAUGGCGGCCAGCUCCCGGGGCCAGGGCAGCCCCUCGCCUUCCCCGAGGCCUACGUGCCCCCCAUCCUGCAGUGGAGCCGGGCCACGGCGCCAUUCCGCGCUCAGGAGGGGGCAGAGGACGGCGCCGACGUGAGGCUUCAGGACCUCUUCGGCCCCGGGGCCGUGGACAGGGGCCCGCGGGUGAUGGUGCUGCUGGGAAAGGCGGGCAUGGGCAAGACCACGCUGGCCCGCUGGCUGUGCCAGAGGUGGGCCACCGGCCAGCUGGACCGCUUCCUGGCCCUGUUCCUGUUCGAGUUCCGCCAGCUCAACCUGCUGGCCGAGGCCCCGACGCUGCCCCAGCUCCUCUUCCAGCUGGGCCUCCGCCCCGAAGAGGAUCCCGACGCCGUCCUGCAGUUCCUGGAGUGGAGCGCCAGGCGGGUCCUGCUGGUCUUCGACGGGCUGGACGAGGCCCUCCACCCCCAGCCCGGCCCCGGGGCGCCCGGCCCGGCCCUCGCCCUCUUCUCCGGCCUGUGCCGGGGGGCCCUCCUGCCCGGCUGCAGGGUCCUGGCCACCUCCCGGCCGGGGAAGCUGCCAGACUGCCUGCCCGCCGAGGCCGCCACCGUCCACCUGUGGGGCUUCGACGGGCCGCGGGUGGAGGAGUACGUGGGCCGCUGCUUCGGCGACCGGCCGGCCCGGGAGGCGGCCCUGGCGGAGCUUCGAGCCAACGGGCGCCUCCGGAGCAUGUGCGCGGUGCCCGCCCUGUGCCGCGUCGCCUGCCUCUGCCUCCGCCACCUGCUCCCGGGCAUGUCUCCGGGUCAGUCGGUGGCCCUCCUGCCCACCGUGACUCAGACCUACGUGCAGAUGGUGCUCGCCCUCAGCCCCCGCGGGCACCGGACCGCCGAGACCCUGAGGGGCCUGGGAAAGGUGGCCCUGGGGGGCCUGGAGGCCGGGAAGGUCAUCUUCUCUGCCGCGGACAUCCCUCCCACCAUGAUGGCCCUCGGGGCCGCCCUGGGCCUGCUGACCUCCUUCGGCGCCUGCACGGGCCCCGGGCAGCGGGAGACGGGCUACGCCUUCACCCACCUCAGCCUGCAGGAGUUCCUGGCUGCCCUGCACCUCAUGGCCAGUCCCACGGUGGACGGCGACGUGCUCGCCCGCCACGUCACCCUCCAUUCCCGCUGGGUGCUGCGGACCAAAGCCAAGCUGGGCCUCUGGGACCACCUCCCCGCCUUCCUGGCGGGCCUGGCAUCCCCCGCCUGCCGUCCCUUCCUCGCGCAGCUGGCGGAGCAGGGCGAGGGGUGGGUGCGCGCCAAGCAGGCCACGGUCCUUCAGGCGCUGAGGAGGCUGGCCGCGCGCAGGCACACGGGGCCGAAGGUGGUGGAGCUGUGCCACUGUGUGGGCGAGACGCAGGAGCCCGAGCUGGCCAGCCUGGUGGCCCGGAGCUUCCCCGGCCAGCUGUCCUUCCAUAACUUCCUGCUGAGCUACGCCGACCUGGCCGCCCUGACCAACGUCCUGGGGCACCGGGAGGCCCCCAUCCACCUGGAGUUUGAGGGCUGCCCGCUGGAGCCCCGCUGCCCCGAGGCCCUGGCCGGCUGUGGGCAGGUGGAGAGCCUCAGCUUUAAGAGCAGGAAGUGUGGGGACGCCUUCGCAGAAGCCCUCUCCAGGAGCUUGCCGACAAUGGGGAGCCUGAAGAAGCUGGGCAGGAAGUAA